AGUUAAGGACCGAGGACAACUCUAACACCUCGUCUUGGCUUGCAAAAAUCAAAUAUGGGAAACGAAAACUCACGAACGUACAAAGAUAUGGUGAACAACUUUGGAAUGCAAAUAGACGAUGAAACUCGAGAUAUUAUCAAUCAAGUUACUCCGGGCACUAGAGGACCAUUACAGUUUCAUUGUAUUCAUGGAUCAAAUGUAGUUAUUUUGAAAAAUGGAAGACUGGCUAAACGACGCGAAAGUUUUUGCAAAGGAUUGGCGUUUUCAAAUCGACCUAUCGAGAUUGACGAGAACGUGUGCCUCCGUCUCUGUGAAGUUGGAACCAAUUGGUCGGGAGUUCUCAGAUUUGGUGUUACCAACGACGAUCCGGAAAUGUACAGAGAUAUUCCGGUGCCGACAUUUGCCUGUCCUGAUCUCACCACAAAAGAUGGGUACUGGGCGAAAGCACUGCCUGAAAGAUACUCAAACGAGGGAAACAUUCUGCACUUUUAUGUCAAUGCACAUGGAGAGCUCUUUUAUGGUAUCAAUGGAUCUCAAAAGGGUAUGUUCUUGACUGGUAUCAACGUUCACCGACCGAUGUGGCUCAUUCUCGAUAUAUAUGGAAACUCAGUUGGUGUGGAAAUUAUCGAUGCAUCAGAAUUCCGACCGCGCCGCAACGCCCCGCCACCUCCAAUCAUUGCAGUACCACCAAGACCCGCACCAGCUCGCACGUCGCCUGCUAUCACCGCCAUAGCUCUGACACCGUCUUCCGCAUCUGAAUCUUCGAUGGCCUCUCGGACAGAUGACUCAGGAAAACGUCCAUUGCGAUUCCAUUACGUCAAAGGAUGUCAUAUCACAUUGAACCCAUCACGAAACAUUGCCACACGUGAUCAAGCCGAAUACUCGCAGGGCUACGUUUUCACGGAGCGUCCCAUCAAAAACAACGAGAAGGUGAUGAUCAUGAUCAGUCAGGUGCAACGUCUCUAUGAGGGAGGGCUCGCUUUUGGCGUGACAUGCUGUGAUCCGGCGUCGAUUCGAGUUGCUGGACUUCCAGAUGACUCAUCGGAUUUGGUGGAGAUGCCCGAAUAUUGGGUCGGUAUCAAGGAUAUUGCAUUGCAGCCAAAGGCCAAUAGUAUUCUCUCGUUUUGGAUAACAGAUUCUGGCGAAGUCAAAUUUGAAAUCGACUCGAACGGAGCUCGCACUUGCCUCUACGUUGACAACUCUCUUGAGCUUUACAUGUAUUUUGAUGUCUACGGAUCAACGCUUUCUAUCAAAAUGCUCGGGUAUAUUCAAGUUCCACGAUCUCAUUCUCCGGCUGCCAGAGAAACUGUGAAAGAGGGACCAUCCACACGAAACGAGCAACCACUUUCGAUUCCGAGACGGCCUGCCAGAAUUCCUGACGGCGCACCAUCGUCCUCGUCGUACCUGGCGCCAGCAGUUCCAGCACGUGCUCCGCCACCGGUGCCGCAGAGUCCGUUGAGAGUCAAUGUUCGUGAUUCCCUGGAAGGCUCCUCAAGUACACCAGCUCUCUCCACAACGCGCCCAACCAUCGACGAUCUUCUCGGGGAGAUCAUCCCCUCAACUCCUCCUCCAGUUGCACCAAGGGCAGUUCUUGGUUCUUCCUCAUCUACAUCUCGCCUACCAAACAGAUCUUCUCCAGCGACAACGACUGCGAUGAUGUCGCCGCCUUCCUUCAACCCACCGCCACUUCCAGCAUCGUUCCAGAGAAAUGAAGGAAAUGGGGCACAAGAGGUUAACGAAGGAGACGAAUGCACUAUUUGCAUGGACGCACCAGUGAACUCUGUGCUCUACACAUGCGGUCACAUGUGCAUGUGCUUUGAGUGUGGUCGUCGCCUUCUGACCACAAAGGGAACUUGCCCGAUCUGCCGUGCUCCUGUGCAGGACGUUAUCAAGACGUACAAGUCUUGAAUAUUUGUGUAUAAACCCUUGCCCCAGUCAUGUUUUAUCCUAUUUUCUCUGUUCUCAUUAUCAUUCUUUCAUUAAUCAUCCCCUUGAAAUUUGUAUGUCAAAUUGUGAUGAGGUAGAAUUUUGAAGUUUUCUUUAUUUUCAUUUUUAUUUUUUUAUAUUGUCAUUCACUAUUACCAAAAGUGGUUUCACCCAGUUAGCUGCAUAAUAUAUCCACGUUGAAUUGAAUCAUAGCCCUUUGCCCUUUUCCCCCAAUCCCAUGAAUUUUACCCCCAUUUUCACAAAACCUACUGAUUCGAGAACAUGCACCGGUCCUCCCACACACAAACUAUCGCCUUGGUCCUACUGCUCCCAACUGUCUUUAUGUGUAUUCAACCUUUGUAGUUGCCUCUUAUACAUCCGUUCCUUUUGUGUUGUAAAGUUAUUGUUUUUAUUCAUCCCUUAUGAUGUUUGCCACAUGGUUGUAAGAUAAAACAUUGAAUAUUUU